CGAACGUUUUAUUACCGAAUCAUAAACUUUUAAAAGAACAGCGACAGCAGCUCUCCCGCGUUGGUAAGGUUUAGCAACACAGCUAGUCCUGGUGGCUUCUGUGGAAAAUAUUACCGCGACGAGAACUUCUAACAGUGUCAACUGUAGUUAACUUGAUGGAUUUUCAUCGAUAGCAGCUAGUUGGCGAUUCAGUUAUUUUAUUUUCCUUCCCCACUACCGUCACUAUCCAUCACUGACUUGUACAUGACUUGUACAUGAAGUAGCUAGCAAGGGACCUAUCUACAAACUGAGGACUUUUUCCACAAGCACGGCAUCUUUUAUUUUCUGAGACGUCGCCAAACGGGUAGAUUCGCAUGAGCCUCUGCGGGACCAGGAUUCGGCUUUGCCAGUUCGAAGAUUCAGGAUGAGGAGGCCGAAAGUGGGUCGGAUGGUUCUGGCGACCUGCGUCGGAUCAUUCUUCAUCCUCAUAUUCUACUUCCAGAGCCACUUGAAGCCAGCAGCAGAGCAGGGAGGCAGGAGGACCAGCUGGCGGGGGAAGUCGAGGAGAAGCCCUCUGCAGGCGCUGUAUGAGAGUGACCAGCUGGAGGUGUCAGCUGUGCAUGUGACGCACCAGGGGCGUCGCGAGCUGCUGGAGGAGGAGUGCCGGACGCACACCAGGAAGAGGCGCGUGCUCAUCCCGGAGGACCUCAAGCACCUGAUCGUGGACGACCAGCACGGGCUGCUGUACUGCUACGUGCCCAAGGUGGCGUGCACCAACUGGAAGCGCGUGCUGAUGGUGCUGACGGGCGACGGGCGCUACCGCGACCCCCUGCAGAUCCCGGCCAACGAGGCGCACGUGGCGGGGAACCUGCGCUCGCUGUCCGAGUUCUCCACCGCCGAGAUCAACCACCGCCUGCGCACCUACCUGAAGUUCGUCUUCGUGCGCGAGCCCUUCGAGCGCCUGGUGUCCGCCUACCGCAACAAGUUCACGCGCAGCUACAACACCGCCUUCCACAAGCGCUACGGCACCAAGAUCGUCCGCCGGCACCGGCCCGACCCGGAGCCCGAGGCGCUGGAGCGCGGGGACGAUGUCUCCUUCGAGGAGUUCGUCCGCUACCUGGUGGACCCGCAGACGCAGCGGGAGGAGCCCUUCAACGAGCACUGGGAGCGGGUGCACGCACUCUGCCACCCCUGCCUCAUCCACUACGACGUGGUGGGCAAGUACGAGACGCUGGAGCAGGACUCGCGCUACGUGCUGCGGCUGGCCGGCGCCGAGGGCGAGGUCCGCUUCCCCACCUCGGGCAAGAGCACCAGGACUACGGGAGACAUGGCCGCCCAGUUCUUCCGCGGCAUCAGCCCCGUCUACCAGAGGAAGCUCUACAACCUGUACAGGAUGGACUUCCUGCUCUUUAACUACUCCACACCCGCUUACCUGAGGUUUAGAUGA